GUCAUAUAUAAAAAGGGGAGCCGGUUAUUACUCAGACACCAGUCUUUUGCAAUGGCUCGUGACAUUAAAUUCAUUGCCGCUCUGGUGUUAUUUUUAGUAAUAAAUGAAAGUAUUCAAGAAAGUAUUUCAGGAUUAUUUCCAAGUGAAAAAACACUUGUCUAUAAUUAUUACGGCGACGUGAAGGCAGGAAUAAUAGAACCAGCCGCAUACGCUUCUCAGUAUUCGCUAUCAGGAAAAUUACACAUAAAACAAGAUACCAGUGAUCCAAAGUAUCAAUUUGCAUAUUAUAUUAUUCUCAAAGAUGUGAAAACUGGCCUUCACAAUGGCAAUGCUGCGCAUUAUGAACCUACGAAAAUAUUAUCACCUAUUUCAGAAGCUGCUAAAGCCAUUGAAGAUCCAUUUCUUCUUAUUUAUAAUGAAUUUGGACAGCUCAAAGGUGUCAAGAUUCCUGAUCAAGAACCAGUGUGGUCUAAGAACAUGAAAAUGGCAAUGGCUUCUAUGCUUCAACUGGAUUUGAAGAAUAUGAAGAUAGAUGCUCCCAUCAAACCACACAGUUUUAUGAUUCCAGAGAAAAGUAUCCACGGUGACUGCUGGACUAGUUAUGACGUUCAAGCCAAGUACCCAGCGGCCGAUCAACAGGACAAUCAGAUUGUUGUUACUAAAUUUUCAUCACCGAAAAAUUGUACCAAUUAUAAUGUUCAGGUGUUUGAUCAUGUGGACGCUGAGAGAUGUGACGUACCACGACGGGUGCCUAUUAAUAUGGCUGCGAGAAGAUUAUUUGAAAUUAAGUACAAAAAUAACAGUAUUCUUAUUGAAAAGCUUAUUGCUCAUGGAGGAGUUAAUUAUUUUCCAUUGCAAGGAAGAUCUGAAGCUCAUUAUGUUUUGAACAACGCAAGUUUUCUUCUGGAUAAAAUUGUUGCAUCAUCAGAAAUACCGCUACCCGCAGUUGAUUUCAACAAUGUGUCAUUGAUUACUGAUCUAAGUUAUCAAAGAUCACAGAGUAAUUACGCAGAAAACGCAGCUGUCGAUGUUACUAACGGUCGUAAUGUAGUCAAACAAGAUGUUCUGAUAAAUAAAAUUGUGAAGAUGUUGAAUGAAGCCGCUGAUUACCUUGAAGAAGAUCAUGUUGAAGCUAUAGAACCUGACUCAGUAGACAGUCAAACUAUCAAUCGGAUUCUGGAUAUCAUGAGUUACAUGGAAGUUUCUUCGUUUGAAAAAGUCUUCGCUGAAAUUCAAAACACGACGGAUGAACGCAAUGACGUUAUCAAGAGCUUGUUUUUGGGUAUCGUACCUCAAGUAGGAACUACCGCAUCAAGUAUUUUUAUAUGGAAUAUUAUAAAGAGUAAAAGAAUCACAGAAAUUACGGCCAAAGAAUUAUUAGCAAAGAUGCCUUUUAAUAUACGAGUGCCCUCUGAAGAAUUUCUGAUUGAAAUGGAGCCACUUAUUUAUUCUAGAGAUUCUUUGGCUCUGGAAGUUCAUAAAGCGAGUGUUCUUUGCUUCUCUACAAUGGUCUACAGAACGUUUAAAAAUUUACCGGCUACUGCAAAUAAUAAAACACUUAAUAAAUAUUUAAAUCACUUCUAUGACAAGUUAAUCAAUACAAAAUCUUAUGGUUCGCAGCUCAAUUAUUUAAUGGCCAUUAGUAAUGUCCAAGUUGGUAAAAUUUACAAACUAUUGACUCCAAUUAUUCGCGGUGAUAUCGAGGUAUCUAAUAAUCCAGUUGGAAUUCGUUUAAUGGCAAUAUGGGCUAUCAAAAAAUCAAUUUCUAAUAAUUAUAAUGCCGCGCAUGAUCUUCUCUGGCCUAUUAUGAGUGAUUACAAUCUUCCACUUAAACUCAGAAUCGCAGCUUAUGAUAUUCUGAUCCGCCAAGCACCCACAAUGACCAAUAUCCUUCAUAUUUACUGGUUCAUGGUCUACGAAAAAAAUGAGCAUCUCUAUAAUUACCAUCAUACAACAAUUAAGGGUUUGGCCAAUUCAAUAGAUUUAUGUGACGUCAAAUUACGUGAACUUACAACUAAAAUUAUGCGUUUCACUAAAAUUCAUACGCCUGUUCCUUAUCAACUUUCUGAAUCUUACAUGUUUGAUUCGAUGGAUGAAAUUUAUGGACAUGGAGAAAGCCUUCGAGUUUCUGUAACUCGUGACGAACUUACUGGAAAUCUUGAAGUUAUUUAUUUUGAACAUAGUAUCGUUGAAGAGCGUAAAAAAGUUAACGACUGGGCUGUUUAUUUACAUCUUCAAAACGUCGAUGAUUUAAUGUAUGAACUUCGUCCCACAUUUUUACAAAAGUUUUUUUCUGUCAAGGACAAAAAUGUUCUCGAUGUUUUAGAAAAAGUUACAAAAAACAUAAGUUCAAAAGAAGACAGCCAUAUUGAUACGAUAAUAAUUAAUAAAGGCCAUGUUGUGUCCGCGCUUCACUUAGACGCCUAUUCUAUACAAAAUUUUGAUUCUAUUAUGCCGCUUAUAAAUAUAUUUAUUAAUAAUAUCAAUAUACAACAGGUAGUUUACGAUAACAUUUACGAGCAACAGGUAAUCAGUGAAAUGGGAUUACCAGUUAUUUUGGAAACAAAAACUCCAACAGUUUAUUCUCUGAAAUUAAAUUACGAUUCAGAAGCUGAAGAAUUGUUAAGUAUAAAGAUAGAUUCUAAAAUAUGGCAUCACCAAGAUUACUCCAUGUCAAUUUACAAUCCUUUGUCCAAUAUAUGGCAUUCUAUUCGUAGAUCUUCAGUACUUAAUGCCGCUCUUACAAUACAAUUUAACGUUGAUUUGGAUCUCCAAUCUCCAUCUUUGAAAUUUAAAUUUCCACUAUUGUCUGCUGAAAAAUUAUCAGCUGUUGGAAUAAUGACCCAUACAAAAGACGUUACUGUUGUAACAGACAAUGAAGACAAUAUAUUAGAGACAGCAUGUCCUAAUUGUACUUCCCAAGUUGUAGUUUCCAAGGGCGAUGAUCUAAAAAAAAAUUAUCAAAAUAUAUAUGAUUCAAAAGACACAGGAUUAAGAUUAACAACAGGUAUAUUUGAUUGUGAAAAUGAAAUUACUCCUACUUUAAUAAAAAAAGAAUGGAUUAGAUCGUUAAUAGAAGAGCGUAAAAAUUCAUGGAAUAGUUUAUUGUUGCAUUCAAUACUUGGUAUUCGUCAGCAAUUUAAAAAUAUUAUAUUAUCACCACAAAUGGGAAGUUGUGGUGGUAUAGUUAAAAUUAAACCCAGUAUUAUUUAUCCGACAUCUCAUGUUGAUUUGGCAUUGAAAGUAAACUUUAAUGAUAUUGACAGAAGAACGCCUAGUUUAUUGAACGAGAAUAAAUUAGAUGUUCAUGGAACCUUGGAUGUGAUCGCUGAUUCUACAAACAGUUCCAAGCAAUCUUGGGAUUUAAAAAUGAAUAUUAACACAUCUAGAGGGCACUUGAAAAAUGGCUUGAAAGUACAACUAAAACGAGUUAUUCCAGGAGAAAAAAAUCUCAAAAUUUGCAUUGAUGGUCAGAAAAUUUACCCGGCGAUUCCAGAUGAUCCAUUAAAAGUCGGCAGGACUGUAGAAGAAACUAAUGGAAAAUUAACUUUUUCGAUGGAUCAUGCUGAUGAUGAUUUAUGCCAUCGGAAUGAAACUUUGAUUACGAUUACAGUAAAAGGAGAACUUACAGAUGAGCAGAAAAAAUUGUUUACUAAAGAAAGUAUUAAUGGCGCUUGUUAUAAGGAUAUGAAUAAUCCAUUGUACAAAAUUUCAAGUAUUCUUUUACCAAAAACGGUUAAUUGUCUUAAUGAAGCUAUACGUCAUACUACUUUGAGAAAGUAUACUUUACAUGUAGCACAUAAACAGGUACCAAGAAAUAUUAUAUCAAAAAUAUUCGAAUUUGAAGAUGUAAUUAAAUCAAUAGCAUUGCCAAAUAUUAAGUACACGAAUAAUAAUUAUACAGAGCCAGGAUCAGCAAAAAUAAUUAUUCAAUUUCCCAUGGAUUAUCAAAGCGUAAAUAUGUCUGUAAUAACUCCAUUCCGGAGCUAUGAUUUAAUUGAUGUUGAUUUGAACGUUGAAAGUAAUCCUCCGCGAUUGAAUGGAUUUGGUCCUGAUUAUGAAAAACAUCUCUGGUUCCCCCUCGAUAACACUCGAUUUAAUGUGGAAUUUUUGGGUUUAUAUUCUCUCGACAUGAUAAAAAUAUGUUCUCUGUAUCCAAAAGUAGUUUUGACUUUGGAUGGUGGAGAAAUUCCAUAUUCAAUACCCACUGAAUGGACAUUAGUAUCCGGAGAUUACAUUUACAAAAAUUUUGCUAUUUUCGUUAAAAAUAUAAAUGAUAAAUUAGCUUUGAAAAUUUAUGCAACUCGCGAAGUUGUUGAGAUAACACCAAAUGAUAAUGGGAAUAUUCAAAUACAAAUAAAUAAUGAAAUUUUAAAUUCCAAUCAAAACGGUUCUUAUGUUCCUGUUGAUGCUACAAGUUCGUGGAUGCUAAAAAUAACGAAACAUGGGGAGCAUGUAAUAAUAGCAAUGCAAAACGAGAUAGUUAUUGUUUACACUGAAAAUACUGUGUCACUAAUGAUUGGCUAUUCAUUGCAAGGAAAAAUAAGUGGACUAUGUGGCUACAUGGAUGGAACGUACAAAAAUAAAAUACCAAAUGUUUAUUUAUUAGCUUAACAUAUUUAUUUAUCGAGUUUCCUUCAACAUUCAAGAAGAGAAAGUAUAGUUUUUAUUCAUUUGUUUAUAAAUGGGUAUUUGUUUUUAGUAUUGUAGAAUGAUAUAAAAAAUAGUAUUGUUGUUUGGAUUUUAUGAUAAUAUAUUUAUUAUGUAUAUAGUUAAUAAAUUAUUCAAAUAAAUCUUA